AGCCGAGCAGUGGCCUCUAGCUGCCCGCCGGGGCUGGGUGCGGGGUAGGACGGCUGGAUGGGCAGCGGCGGCGCCCGCAGUUGGAGGCGAUGGGCGAGGAGCAGAGCACGGUGAAUGCAGACGGUACGGACGAGGGGCGGCCCCCGGGAGGCGGUGAAGACGUAGUCGAGGAACCGAUGGAGCCGCGGCGGCCGCAGGGGAAGGGCAGCGGGGCAGCAGGGCCCCGAACCCCCUCCCCGGACCCGGGCGGCGGCGGCGGCGACGGCGAGCGGGGACGGUCUUUCCCCGAGCUUGGCAAGAGGUGUAGGAAAGCGCGCGGGCAGCCCGUAGCAGCGAGAUCCACGGAGCCACUAGAUCCCCGAACUUUGCAGCCGCAAGAGGAAGAGCAGGCGAGAGGAGAAUGGGAUGGGUCUUCCGAGCCCGAGCUCAGGGAGAGGGCCAGCCCCCACGAAGGACUGGUCUUGGAAAUGCUUGGCCGGCGCCGCCAUCCUCCAGCCAAGAGACACAUCUACUGCACCGUGUACUGCGUGGAAAACGACCUGUCCGAGGCCCCGACCCAGGAGCAGCCUUCGUUCCCAAACUCUCUGGCCUCCCCGGUGCCUCUUGCAGUCCCUUCCUCCACCACCUCCUCCACCAGCUCAGCGACCUCCUCCCCUAGUCCCGACUUGUCUCCUCCCUCGGACCCUCUGGCCUUAGACGGCGGCGGGGGCGGCAGCAGAGUCGAGCUCGACUUAUACCUAGCUCCUGAACCUUUUUCGGUGUCCAGCCUGAUCGGAGCGCCACCCUACCCCGGCCUGGGAGGACUGGGGGACCCCUAUAGUCCCCUCCUUGUAUUAAGCUGUCGGGUGUGUCUCGAAGAUAAAGCUAUCAAGCCCCUGACAUGCUGUAAGAAGGCCGUGUGUGAGGAGUGUCUGAAGCGAUACCUGAGCUCCCAGGUCCAACUUGGCCAAGCAGAAAUCAAAUGUCCCAUCACAGAAUGCAAUGAAUACCUAGAGGAAACAACUGUUCUAUAUAACCUGCCACAUGAUGAUGUCAUCAAAUACAAGUACUUCUUGGAACUCAGCCGUAUUGACUCCAGCACCAAACCAUGCCCUCAAUGCAAGCACUUUACAACCUACAAGAAGAGAGGACAUGGUCCAACCUCUACCAAAUUGGAAAACAAAUACAAAAUCCAAUGCCCCAUUUGCCAAUUUGUCUGGUGUUUUAAGUGCCACUCACCCUGGCAUGAAGGUGUUAACUGCAAAGAGUACAAAAAGGGAGACAAGUUAUUACGUCACUGGGCCAGUGAAAUUGAACAUGGUCAGAGGAAUGCCCAGAAGUGUCCAAAGUGCAAGAUCCACAUCCAGAGAACAGAAGGAUGUGACCACAUGACCUGUUCACAAUGUAACACUAAUUUCUGUUACCGCUGUGGGGAGAGAUACCGCCAGCUCCGCUUCUUUGGAGACCACACAUCAAACCUCAGUAUAUUUGGAUGCAAAUAUCGCUACCUCCCUGAGAGACCGCAUUUAAGGAGAUUAGUGCGAGGCUCAGUAUGUGCUGGAAAAUUAAUCAUUGCACCUCUGAUCCUGGUUUUAGGAUUGGCACUUGGGGCCAUAGCCGUUGUAAUAGGUUUAUUUGUAUUUCCCAUCUAUUGCCUUUGUAAAAAGCAAAGAAAAAGAUCACGGACAGGUAUGCCCUGGUAGAAAGCAAACUUUUUCAUCUGCACUGAUCUGAGCCCUGUCAAGGGUUAUACAAAAUGGUGCAACGAAGAACGUGGGCAUCCAUAUACAAGACGCCAUCCUGAAAACUGAGAGGGACUUCUUGCCAUCUCCUCUCCUCUUGGUUCACUGCUGCAGGCCAGAAUGCCUCCUUGCUAUGGUGCACUCCAAAAAUGGUAGCCUACCCCUUUUCCUCUUUCUUAUUGCUGCUUUAAAAAAAAAAUUAAGGAGUUGCUCUCCAGAUUACUUUCAUAGACUUCUAUAUUUAAACUAAAACCCUUCCUGUUGUCCUAUUAAGAAAGCAUUUUUGUUAAAGAUGCAGCUUAUCUGUUUAGGAUUUUUAUGAGAGAUAGUUGAAGGUAGUUUAAUUUGUCUUUGUGUCCUGAACACUGAACCUCUUGCUCAUCUUUUGGGGUGUGCUCUGAAUAACUCACAUCCUUUGUCUACCAUUAAGCAAAGUCAAAUUUCAGAAGACAGAGGCUCAUCAUAUCCACUUAUUUCUUCCUAUGGACCAAGCAGUGUAAUUCAGCCAUUUGGCAGGAGUUGCAGUUGCCAAAAAUCUCAGUGCCUAAAAGGGAACUAAUGAAAACAAAUCAAUGAGAAGAAGCAUGUGGCAUAGUGAAAUCCUUGUGUAGGUGUGUAAGUAAACCUGUAUUAGAGGUGGCCCCAAUAACCCCGUAGUUGUCUAGUCAUAUGAUACUACAUUAUUCUUCCAUAUUUUCAUAGGGCUGUUUCAGAUUGGGCUUAGGUCCUCUGCUGUCUCAGGAUACAUAAUGGUCAAUGUGGAAGAUACCCAAGAAAUACUGUUAAAAAAAAAAAAGACAGUGCUACUUAGUAAAGUAUCAAAUUUUGUGUACCAUCAGAAUUGAUAAAAUGGUCUCAGAAGCUGAGUCCUGGGAAAAAUGCUCCUUAUUUUCCUACUGGUGCAUCUUUUAUUGUGCAUAGAACAAUAUGAAUUUCCAUGAAAAUGCACGAGAAUUUCAUUAGUCAAUCCAAAGAAAGAUUUUAUUUGAAAUGAAAACUGUUUAACAUCCUUUAUAGAAUCAGAAAAUUUUUAAAUUGUGGUCAUAAAGAAUUUGAAAAUGUCAUAAAAAACUCUGUAUUAUUUCCUUUACUUAAUUUUUUAUCUUGGACUUUUCACAGAAACAAGCUUUGUUUUCAGAUGUAAGUCUCAUGCCUGCUGUUCAAGUUUUGUUACUGUUAGUGAUAUUAUGAAAGGGGUUCACUAAAAACAAGGUUCCUAUGAUCAUGGUUAUGUACUUUUUAAACAAAAACCAAAACCUUAAAUCUGCUGCUGUAGAAGAAAAUGGAGAAAAUAAAUGAAGGAAAAUGUUUCUGGAAGUUUUUCAGAUCCCCAGUUUCUUCAAGAAUAAGGAGACAAAUAGAUUACUAUUUGCCAGUCCUUGUUUUAAUCAUAAAAGUUCGCCAGCAGAGUGAACAAAAUGGAGCCCAAGAAGCUCAAAUUCUUCAUAACUGCCUCCACAACUUUAAAACAUAGCUGUAUACCAUGGAUAUAAUAUUUCAUUGAUCAGCAUUCAUUUUUUUUGAAACACUUGAAAUCCAUACUGCUCUUUGUUGGACUCCAGAUAAUGGGAAAAGUGUCAUUUUUGGUUGAACUGACAUAUGUGAUAGGGGAGUUUACUAGCGUUCAUCUUGAGAUAGUUUGCUUUCAUUCUUUCUCAUUUAAUGCAUCGUACAGGCAUAAUAGAACUCCUGAAGUAAUCUUUCAUUUCAUAGUAAAGACAUGCUAUCCCUUAAUGGUUCUAGAAAGACAUCUUUUGAAAGAAUAACUUCAUACAAGAAAAGUAGUACUAUUGUUUCAAAUAGUACCAGGGUUUCCAGAUAAAACCCAUGUAUUUAUAUGUCUUAAACUUGUAUCUUUGCAAUGCAUAUUUUCCUGACUUGGGCCUUUGUUUUUAUAAUUUAUGUAUAUAAGCAUUCGCCCUCAAUCUUGUAUGUGUGCAUAUGUGAAUGUGCAUAUAUAUGUUAUACAUAUAUAUGUUUAUGUAAAAUCUUUUUAUGGUUGCAUAUAAAUUGUAUGCACACAUAUAUUGACUAGUUGAAUAGUAUAUGUCUGGUCCUAGAUAAUCUAUUUUCUUAGGUCCAUCAUAUCUGUUGUCUAUGGCUUACUCAGGGAUUUGUAUUCCUUCCUUUAAAUAACUUAUCUUUUGGGGGGUAUUUUAUAUUAUUUAGAAAACUUUCCAACUUCUGGAUGAUAGAGUUGGUGUCUGAUAUGAAGUCAGUAAAGGCUUUUAGUACUUUGAAUUGUUUCAGCAUUUGGUUGCACAGGUUUUCCAUUAUUCUAUUUUAUUGAUUUUUUUAAAAAAAUGUAAUUUAUACAUUUGUCAUAGCAGAUCGUUGGUAUACCUACCCUUUUCCUUCAAUAGCUUGAAGUAAUAAUUUCUGAAGUUCUGGUAGUAGUAUAAUGAAGAUCUUAAGAAAAGAGAAUAGAAUGAAAAUAAUUUUUUUUUAUUUUAGUGCCAUCAUUGAGGGUAAAACCCUAUCUGUAACUUGUGUGUGAAUUUUAAUUUUUCAAAAAAUCCACUGUUAGAAAAAUUUUAGUAGCAUGUUUACAAAGUAUCUUUUGUAGUUUUUUAGUGUAAUCAAGUAGAGGAAAGUAAUUUGGCUUCUACCUUGUAUUUAGUUGUGGCAUUUUAUUUCAUAUCUUUAUUUAAUAUUUUGCAUUUGCAAAGAAAUUAAAUAAUCAUUGUAAGUUCUGCAUAGCAUGUGCUUUUCUAUCAUUGUCCUCUAAAGAAACUGAAAAGACUUAGUCUAGAAGAAGGUUAUCAUUAUGUUUUUGUUUUAAGGACAGGGUGCUUAUUUCCCAUCUUCGUUUCAUCUACUCAUUUAUUCAAAUUGGAUACCUUGCCAAAAUAAGGAGCUAGAAGAUAAUUUUCAUCUUUUCCACUCAAAACAAAAUAUAUGAUUUGAUGCCAAUAGUUUGACAAGAGAAGAAUAUAGUUGUCAGAUUGCCUCAUUGCUUUAAUCUCUUUAAAUAAUGAAAAUUUAGAUAUAAAAAUUACUCUCUAGAGCUAUUUGAAAAUAGUUUUCACAUUUUUCCAACAUACUACCAUUUUCAUAUUUACUGCCCCACUGUGUUGUUCAUUCUUGCUAUAAUUGAAGGUCUUUUAAAAUGUUAGCAGAUUAAUGAUAUUGUUAUUGCCAUGAAAAUCCACACUAAUUCAAGAAGUAUCAAAAUGGAGUAUGGAAUACUCCAUACUUGGAAGGUCUUAGGAUAUGUUGAUUUUCUUUCCAGUACAUCAAGUGAUGAUGUGACAUUUAUUUUACCCCAAAGCCCACCAAGGUUCCUUGUGAUUAAAGUUAAGAAGGGAAAAUCUGUAUAUUUUGAUGUCCUAGCACAGGCAUUGUUUAUUUCCUGUGGCUUAGAUUUCUUGAUAGGAGGUGUUGUAUCCUGACACUUGGACAAAAAGGAUACAAUCCAAGAUACCAAGGGUUACAACCUUCUAUCUGAUUGUAUUUUUCUCCCUGAGGUAUCAAGAUUCAGUGGUGCCCGUGAAACUGUAUCUGCUAUCUCCCAGCCCUUCCUUCUUGAAUGGGUGGCCUUAUUGCUCUCCUGAAUCCUUCACUUUAUAAUAUCAUUGACUUUCUUUCUCCUGACCUUCUAUCUCUCUGUUCCUUCUGGUUACUCCCUGCUUUCCUUUCUCCUUGACCUCCAUAACAUAGAUAUACAACUCUUAGUGAUGAAAUAAUGAAAAAAAAAUAUUUCUGACAUAUUAUGCAAAGGAAACCAGUGUUCUUUUCUCGCCUUCUCUAAAUGUGUUGAGAGCUAAAUUAGAGUACUUCUGUCAAACUGAUAAAAACUACUUGUAUAUUACAUAGAAUGUUUUUAAUUCUUGAUUUUAUUGCUGCUUGUUAUAUUUGUAUUUAUAUUUUUAAUGGUUAAAAAGACAUGGAUAACACUGUAUUUAAAAUGUUUUCCUUGUUACUGAAUCCCACAAGAACUUUCAUACCAAAGCCAUAAUAAUAUUUUAAAUUCCAAAACAAAAUGAAUAUAUGCCUUAAAAUUCAAGUUGUCAUAUUGUAACCUAUGUUUAGCCCUAUUUUUCUUCAGAGAGUGAGAGGUGAUUCAUUUUUGUCACUGAAUUCUAUACCAUUGGUAGUGACUUUCUUUUAUUUUUCCAGCUUUAUUAUUUUUCUUAAGACCAUAAUAUAAAUAUAGCCUUAAAGUUAGCAAAUGCACUUUAAAAGUCCUCUGUGCCAUUUGAGUAAUUAUAUUAUGAAGUUGAGGUUUAUAAAGCUAUGCAAAAUUGUACUGUUUUACAAAUACAUGUUUAUCAGCUAUUCAAUAUACAUAUUUUGUUUUCUUAAGAGUAUGUAAAAGAUUUUGCAAAUAUGUUUCACCCUUCAUUUCUACUUCUAAACAAAAUUUAAAGCUGUAAAACAGGUGAAUAAACACACAAUGGUCUAUGUCACCUGAACUAAAAGAAAGUUUUAGGAUGAAAAUGAUUGAAAGAUUAAGCUUAUAAAAAACUUAAUUCUGGCAGUUUGUAGCAGAAGUUCCAACACAGCAUAAUUUUAAUAUAUUCAUUAACAUGCCUAGUACAUGAUGGAUGCCUAAGAAAUAUUCAUAAUAACCUUGUUGGAGCAUUUAUUUGAAAACCUUUGGUGCCCAUUACAAUCUCAUUGUAAGAAAGCUCUCCAACAGGGCCCUUUAUUAAAGAAUACACUAACUGGAUUUCCUCUGAGUAACUGAAAAGUUAUAACCACCACCAACCAAUUCAAGCAUGUUGAAUUUUCAAUUUGGUUUAUUCGUUAUGGUUUCUUAUUAUUAUUUACAAUAAUAAUUUUCUGAGUAUACAAACCAAUAGUCCCUAUUUCAUCUCAAAAUAGAAAAAAGCAAAGAGGUUGGGAGACCACGUCUUUCCUCAAGUUGAUUUCAUAUUGGAGAUAGUAAAUGGAAAACAUUGAAGCAUACAAUUAAUUUGAAGCAGGUCUGACAUUUUUGCCUAUUUAAUGAUCUGUGAUAAUACUUUUUUGAUGCAACCUAUGAAUGUAAAAUUUAAAUUUUUUUAAUUUAAAAGUUAGAAAACAAAAGACCAUUCCUUCUCUCCCUUAAUAUUAGCUUUAGAAGCUAAACUAACAUACAUGUUAAAACUAACUGUCCUAUUUGGUUGUCAUGGUUCUGUGAAUAUAAUUGGUCCAUCCAAGUCAACAUCAUUUUAUCUAUAGCCAUGUUAUAGUGUAGUUUUGAGAAGAAGUAUGGCACAAUGGAUAGUUUCACAUCCUGCCUCUGACAUAUACUGUGACCCUAAACAAAUCACUAGUUUCUUAGUGCCCCAGGGAACUCUCUUAAGAUUUUAAACAUUCAUUAUAGUUGCUAGUCUACUUCAGUAGUAGGAAUUUUCCAACUCCUGGGGACUCCCAUGCCAAUGAAAUCACAGGUCCAAACAAAGAAGUAUAAUUGGGUUUUAACAUAGUCCUAAUGUUUAAGCAGGGCACGUUUUAAUUGUAUGUGUUGUUACUGACAUAAAGUUCAAAUUGGAAUGCCAUUUGCCUUGUUGAUCACUGAAAAGAAAUGCUGCCAACAGCAUUUGCAAGACUUCCUUUUAAACUGUAGUCAUCAUGUUUUUCUGAGGACCAUGUGCUAUACUUCAGAUGCAAUAAACAGUGGAAAGCAUAAGGCAAUAUGAUUACAUUUGGUCUUUCAAGGAAUAUUCUCAUGUAACAAGGUUAUUUUGCAUAGCAUGGCAGUAAAAUUUAUGCAUGCAAGGCAAGUGUAAAUGAUGAAGGAAAAAGAUAUCUUUUCUCUUGUACCCCUGAUCCUAUCCCAUUUAUUUUCUGAUCAUGUGUCAUUUUUUUCUUUAACAUCAAAUGACUUUCCUCCCCCAACUCUGUGGGGCAAUUUCAGCACAUUGCAGUUUUUCUCAUAGAAAUCCUUACUUAUUGUAGUCCUUUGGGGUAGUCGCUAUCCCUUCCUAUUGUAUUCAAAUGUAAGAAGAAUUCUUUCUUAUCUUUAUAAUUGCUGCUAAAUGUAGAAAAAUUAAAUUCAGAUACAAAAAUUGCUUUGUGGUUGAAUUGUAACUGCACUGGAAAUAAGCAUAACUUAUAACUAGGCCUUACUUUACUUGGAAAGAAGAAAAACAGUAAAUUAAGAGUGUAUGCUAGCUGUGUGACCCUGGGCAAGUCACUUAACCCCAAUUGCCUAAAAAUAAAAAUAAAUUUUAAAAAAAAGAGUGAAUGAAAGAAUUUUCCUUCUUAUUGGUGCAAAUGGCAAUAUUAAGAAAUGCUCACCAUUUCCUAGAAAGAAGUUAACUAAAUUGAUUUUAAAGCAGUAGUCUGACAAAGGACAUGAAAGUAAAGACCAUCUCUGAUCUAUCUAUAUCCCUUCUACACAAUGGAAAAGGCCAGUGGUCACAUAAAAUCCUCUUCCUUCUCCUCUGCCUUUACUUGGGGUCUCCCUUCCCCCAAGCAAAUAGGAGAAGCUCUGAAAUUACAUUCUGUUCUGUAAUGAGCCAGGAAAGAAAAAAAAACCUUGGUCAAGAGCAAUAGAUAGUAUCAGUAGAAAGUGAAGCAGGUGGCUCAAUCUCUAAAGCAUGAAAAAGAAAAAGAAUUUAGGGACAGGGAGCCAGGCAGUACUAAGAAAGAAGUGGCUUUGAGGGUUAGCCUGAAUAUUUCUUUAUCCUUGCAGGAAGCUCUGGACCCUUACUCUCCAAAUAAUUAAAGCUUUCAUUCCUGUUUCCCAGUCUCCAACUUGCAGGAGUUUCAGCAACUGCUCCAAACUCAGAGAAUCACCCAUAGUGACUUGUUCUGGUGUGAGAAUCCUGCAAGGAAAUGUUCUUUUGUCCCAAAUUCUGAGUUUAUUUCGCCAUAGAAAUACUGUUUACAUAUGGUGGUCAGAAUCUGCAUUACUAUUAUUAGUACAACAUGACAUAUUUCAGGCACAUUAUGGAUUAAAUAGACUUUAGUGGGCUGACCCAGGAACCUAAUUAUUAUGUUUAAAGUUUCUACGGAAAAAUGAGUUUGGAUUUUCAAAUGAUUAACAAAUGAGCUUUUAGAAAACAAGCCAUAUUAUAAGAUUGGUGCUGUUCUAACUUUUCUAAAAUUAAUGUACUUUCAUUAAUUUGAGGGUAUUUUUAAAAACCAACAUAAUACUUAUAAAUUAAUUGGCUAUUUUUUGUCAUUUGGGCAGAGCGUGGCCUUGGGCAGCUCCAAAUUCUGUCAUCUUCCAUCUAAACUGAUACUAAGAAAGAAUAUGAUGUAGUGGGGCUCUAAACAAGACAUCAGAUGACUCCUGCUGUAGUCUCAGCCCCAACCUGUAUGUUAUUAGGCAAUCCCUUUGCCUGUUUGAACCUCCAUUUCCUCAUCUACAAAUUGAGGGUAAUAAUACUUGUCUUGCUGAUUGCCCCAGAAUUACUGUAACGAACCAUUAUCUCACUUGAUUUGAAAGCACUCCAAAAACUUAAAACGCUAUUUAAUUGUAAAGGAUGAUUUUUAAUGGAGAAACUGAUAAACAUGCAGUAGCCAAAUGGAAUAAGGUUACAGACAAGUUUUUCUACCUAAGGAUUCUACAGAAUUUUGGGGGGCCAUAAUAUAGAUAGUAUAGCUCAUUUCUGUAUGAGAUCCAACUUGAUCCACAUGUGCAACACUGAAUUAAGGGUGCCAUGCCAUUAAAUAAUUUCUAUUAGAUCAUGUAGACUAUAGCCAAUUAUCCCUUCUCCAAUAGUAGUCACUUUAUCAGUUGCAAAUGCCUUGAUUUCCUCUUUUGUAUAAAUGUAUAGAUAAAUGUUAUCCUUAGACAAAUAAGUGAAAAGGAUUUUUAUCAUGUAUCUAGCUCCUAAAACAGUAGCACCAGUUAAGCCCAAACUUCAAGAUGGAUUGUGGUUUGGAAGGGGAAAAGGGAUACUUUGUUUAAGAUAUAUGCUUAUCAGUCUGAUAAUGCCCUUAUUUACCUGAAAUUUAGAACCAAGAAGUGCUAAAACAGUGACAUCAAGCUGACCUGGAUUGCCUUUUCACAGCUGUUGAGUUAGAAAAAAGCAUACCAAUUUGUCAAACAUUCCUACUGCAUUCACCCCAUGGGCUAAGUGGCCUAUUGGUACCAAGAGCCUUCCAACACCAUCCCUUUUAUUUGCCCUCUUGGGGUGUGCAGAAGGAGAUUAGAAAAGGGUCUAAACUUGGUAUGAUCUCUUUAGUAGUUUAAAAAUAAUUACACUGUAGUCACUCAGGAAUCUUAGCACUUUUCCUAUCACUUUCUUUUAGUCAACCUCUAUUGGAGCACCAAGAUUUCUACUGACUGUCAUUUAAGAGAUACUCCUGACCUGAAGCAAUUAUUAUGUCUUCAGUCAUAGUUUAUUUUCCAUAUACAGGGCAAGAAGCCAAGGAAUGUGAAAAUUGAGAUGAAAGAGCUCCUUAGUGUAUGUCUUCUUCCACUCAGACAGCAUAAGAAAAAAUAGCCCUUAUCAUACACAUACAGACACAUACAUAUGUACACAGAUAUUUCUAAUGCUUUUAAAAUAAAGUUAUAUAUUGCCACUCCUCAGUUUCUUAAUUUUGCCAUUUGACCAUCUCAGUCCUACAGUGUGGUAGCUGAGAGUAUUAAGUCCUGCCAUGAUGAACAAUAAGACCUUAUAGAUAUUGCCUAUGGCAUUAGAGCUAGCUUAAACAAGAUGUGUGUUCUCCCUUUCAUUCUCCUUUAACAUUCUGCCACGAAGUUUCAAAAAACCAUCUCUGAAGAUGCAGGACAGUUGAGAGAUAUCAGAUAACCUUCAUUUACUUCACAAAUACAAAGGACAGCGGUAUAGUAAGAAUUGUUAGUAAGUUAUAAUACAUUAUGUAUUGGGGGGUAUUUUAAAGUAACUGCUCUAAGAAAUAAAAACACAGAUAAAUCACGAAAAAAAUAAAUCCUAGCCACCUACCAAACCUAUCCUUCCUCCUACCCCACCUCAGAAUUUCAAAAUAUUUGGUCUGUGUUUAAACAAAGUAGCUGAUUAAGAUAUGAUCAUAAAUUGGCAGCACGGGGGCAUAGUGGCUAGAAUGCUAGACUUGAGCUCUAAAUAAUGAAGCUUAAAAUCCUACCCCUGACACUUACCUUCUCAGUACUCCAGGCUAAGCCACAGAGGAGCUGCAGAUAGACAAGUUUCCUAUACUAAUGAAAUUACAGGUCUGAACCAGAAAAAAAAAAGUGGGAGAACAAGGGGAAGGGAAGGACUAUGAAACUAUUCAAUUCCAUUGAAAACAGAUAGAUGAAAUUGAUUUUAAUCUGUCCACAUCUUAACAUUUUUCACAUAAACAUAUAAAUGAACUUUGGUAAUAUAAAUUAUUGCUUCUAGUGAAAUUGCCAAUUCUAAGAAAUAAUUAUUUCAUCUCUUUCACAGACUUUGCCAUUACUUACAGUCUGUAGUGAAAGUUAUAACAAGAGAAAACUGUUAAAUCUAAAAUAAUGUUUUAGUUAUUAGCUUUUGGCUAGUGGUCAGCAGUUCCGUAAAACGUUUCACUAAGUUGAAUAGAAUUUAUUCCCUAAUAUUUGUAUCUGUUUUGCAAUCAGAAUAAUAUAACAAUUUGUGGUAUUUGGGGUUCAAUAUCAGAAUGCACCUUGAGAAUUGAUAUUCUUCUUUUCUUUGCUUACUCAUACAAAAGACAGUUAGCUUUGUGAUUUCUUAGUCUUUCAUACAUUUUAUCAGAUGGCAUCAGAUUUUCAGUAAUUCACUAUACUACAAAAACCAUACACCAGCUACAACUGAAAUAAAAUGCAAUCUAUAAACAUCAUUUGAAAAUGUUUGAAAGAGAAUUGGAGAAGUGGAAGAAAACUUUGUCUUUUGUUUUUAUGAAAAUGUUGGAAAAUAAGGAAUUUACAUUGCUAUGGAGCUGGGUUUUGUCCGAAGCCAUUUUUUUUACUCUCACAUUAUUGUAAUAUUUCAAAUUCUUAGUGUUGCAUGUUGUUUUAAUGAAUAAAGUUUUCAGGACAUUAAAUAAGGUAUGUAUCAUUGUAGUGCUUGUGCAGUGUUUAAUAAAAGGAAGAAAGAAAUUGGUAAUUAAGUGCUUGGAAAAUGGGUUUAUGCUCAUUUCCCAUUAACACUAAAGUCUCCUCCCUUCAACCUUCAACUUUUGGUGCUUUGUGUAACUAGAUUUAACAUUUUUAAAUCCUUUACUGGUGCCUUAUUGUUUCAUUAAGUUGGACUUAUUUCUGCUCCGAAAAGUCUCAUGAAAAUUCAGGAACUUUGUCAGAGUUGUCUUUGCUUCCCUCUUAAAAACACCAAGGGGACUACAUAUUUUUCAUGUGAUAAAGACAUGCUAUUUCAGUGAAUAUAUCCAAUUUGAUUAUCAUAGAUAAAUAAUUGGAUAUUUUAUCUAAAUGUUGGUACCUGUUUUUAAGUAGUUGGUUGUGUGAAGGGGAAAAAAAAAGGUAUGAUAUUGAAUACCUAAAGUUUAAACUGGUAAAAUUGUAAUUUCUGUCAAAUCCACUAAGAUUAUAAGCCUUCAAAGCUGAUCCCAAAAUGCACUGUUUAUUUAAAGUAUAUAGUACUUCCAAAGAAAUUUAUCUUCCUAUCAUCACUUGAGCAGUUAAAAUAGCUCUCAGCCUUUAUCAAUCAUGCUAUUUAUUUAUGAGUAGAACAGAAUCACUACUUGUAACAAAGCAUUCAAAAAACUGUAACCUCUGUAACAUUUCCAGAAUAGAUUUUUCUCUAGGUCACGUUUGGCAAUAUCUUACCCACAAUAUACCUUUCAAACAAAAUCUGUAGAAUGAUGGUGUGAGGUAUUCACUUGAUACUUUUUUCUUAACUUCUAGAUCUGCAUCUCACUGAUUUGUCCAUCUUCUUGGGUGAUUCUGUCAGUACCU